AUGAAGAAAACUAUUGAAAGAAAAGGUGAUUUUUUAUCAUUAAUCAAACAUCCUUUAAGUGAUGUUCAUGCAGUUGCAAGUGUUAUAUUAAUGUUCUUAAGAGAAUUACCAGAACCAUUGAUUACAUUCAAAUCAUAUGACCUCUUUAUUGAUUGUGCAAAAACAUACGAAAUGGAUCAAUACACCAAAUCUAGUGCUCUUAGUGUAGCUAUUAAUACAUUUCAUGCAUUAGUUAAAACAUUACCAUCAAGAAAUUUAAAAAUACUUGCGUUCUAUAUGAACUUAUUUUAUGUUUUUACUAUUAACAGUGAUGUACAUAAAAUGCAAGCAAAUAAUGUUGCUAUUUGUAUUGCUCCAACGUUACUUCGUUCACAAAAAGAAUCAUGGGAAAGUGCAAUAUCAUCUAUUAAAUAUCAGUCCAUAGUAUGUACAUUCUUAAUUAAAUAUUACCCACUUAUUUUUCGUGAUACAUGCAACACUGAAGGGUUAUUGUAUCCUCAAUAUCAAAACGUUUCAAACAAUGACAAGAAUAAAUUACUAAAUCAAAUGACAAAAACUGUUCGUUUAUCAACUCCAGAAAAGCCAAAAAGAAAAGCUAGAAAAUCUAUUUGGGAAGAUUUUUGUAGAGAUUUGAAAACAAAAGAUAAAGAAGUAGAAAAAAAACAUAUGAGAAAUCGUGAAAUGAAAAAAACACAAUUUACACCUUCUACUCUAAAACUAGUUAGUGCUGAUGAUAAAGAAAAAGAAGAAAUUAAAGAAGAAAUUAAAAAGAAAAGACCAAAGAGUGAGAGUAUGGCUUUAGCUAUUAUGUUUAUUGACAAUAAUGAUAAUACCAUGUUACUUCCUCAACUUGACCAACAAGAUAUUCUUAAACAAUCAAAAUCUACUACAACUAAAGGUCAUGGAAAAUUAAAAAUCAAUAAUUUCAAAUUUCAUAUAAAGAAAGAUGAUGAACAGUAA